AUGACUCGGUAUUGGUGGAGUAAGGGUGUUGAUCAAAAUCGCGGUAUUCACUGGUUGGGUUGGCAUAGAAUGGUGAAGUACAGACUGGACGGCGGGUUAGGUUUUAAAUCGCUCCAUGAUUUUAACUUAGCCAUGCUUGGUAAGCAGGGUUGGAACAUUAUUAACAGACCUCAUUCUUUAGUGGCCCGCGUUCUUAAGGCUUGUUAUUUUCCAACAACAUCUUUUUUUGAAGCAUCUUUGGGCCACAAUCCUAGCUUUUUGUGGCGUAGUAUAUGGGCGACUCAGAGUCUGGUUAAAGCUGGUGCUUAUUGGAGAAUUGGGAAUGGCAUGUUAGUUUCUAUUUGGACUCACCCUUGCUUGAAAGAGGCGCCCGACUUAUUGGUUUCUACACUCCCUCCUCUGAACUGUACUCUUUCUGUUGUUACAGAUCUUAUGAUCGGCCAUAGAUGGAAUGAGAGUUUAAUAGCUCAGUUGUUCAAUGAUAGAGACAGGAGUUGUAUUUUGAACAUCCCUCUAAGUCUUUCUUCGCAUCCAGAUGCGUGGUGCUGGAAGUUUGCGUCCAAGGGUCACUAUUCUGUUAAGAGUUCUUACAGAUUUCUGGUUGCUGGGUUUCGACAUAGGGAAGGUAGUGAGAUAUGGAGUCGUUUUUGGAAGACGAAGGUGCCUCCUAAAGUGCUUAAUUUUUGCUGGCGUGCUUUAGUUAAUGUAGUUCCUUGCCUCUCUUUGCUUCAGUCCAGGAGAGUUCCGGUUGAUUCGAUGUGUCCGUUGUGUCAUGAGGCUCCUGAGACUAUUCUACAUAUUCUUGUUCAGUGUCCUUUUACCCGCAGUUGCUGGUUGAGUUCGCCUUUGGGUUGGCCUGCAUUCUCCGCUGCCUCUCUUAGGAAGUGGUUCUCUUUAGCCUUCCUUACUGCUUCUGCGGAGAAUGCUUCCCUUAUUCUAAUGAUAUGUUGGGCUUUGUGGCAUAACAGAAAUAAUGUUGUUUGGAAAGCUCAGGGUCGAACUGCGAGUGGUGUGUUCUUCAUGGCACUGAAUUUUUUACAGCAAUGGAGGGGGGCCUGUUCUGAUUCUACCAGCUGCACCAAUGUUGUGUCGGCUUUGACUGUUUGGUCUCCUCCACCGCAGGGUUGGAUUAAGGUUAAUAUUGACGCCUCUUUAAACUCGCAACGAAGUUCGCUAGGCUUCGACUGUGUAGUCCGAGAUGCUAAUGGUAGAUUUAUAGCGGCUAAAGCAGGCUGUUUUUGCAGUCAGAUGAAGGUUAAUUGUGCUGAGACAAUGGCUUUUCGAGAGGCAUUGAGCUGGAUUAAAGAGUGCGGAUGUGAUCGAGUUCUUUUCGAAUCUGAUGCUCAGGUUCUUAUUGUGUCCAUUAACAAUGCUUCAUUAGAUGAUUUAUCACCUUUUGGUCUUUUGGUUCAAGAUUGUAAAUUGCUUCUAUCCAGUUAUGAGGAAGCAAGAUGUGCUUUUGUUCACAGGUCAUUCGCAUACCAGUGGUCCAUUAAUUUGGUAGGGACUCCAUGUCUGUUGAGCUCUGCACCCUUCAUUCAAUUGCAAUAUCUAAUUCAUUUUCAGUUGUUUACAAAUUUCUUCAUCCAAAUUUCUUCAGAGUUCGUAGCUUCUUUCUUCUCUUACAACUCAUUCUUUGCUAUGGAUUUUGCGGUAGCUGCUGCUGGCUCUAUCCUCUCUGGUUGGUUUCAGGGGCUUCUCGACAGGUUGAACUCCAUUGACUUGAAGAAAUACGUAGGCCAAGGUCAAGUCUUGGCUCAACUCAUGAAGUGGGAAAAGAUUCUCAAGAGAAUUUAUGCGGUGCUUGAAGAUGCGGAGGAGAAGCAGACGGCAAAUCGAUUGGUGGAGAUCUGGUUAUGCGAUCUCAGAGACUUGGCUUACGACCUGGAGGAUAUCAUUGAUGAACUUGCCACGGAGGUUCAGCAACGCAAGUUGGAAGAGGAACCUGUUCAUCCGGAGAAGAAGCAUAAGGUCCACGAGUUUAUCUCUGUUAUGCUUCGUGGGGGAAAUCUAAAUCUAAAUACUAUUAAGUUCAAUGUUGAGAUGGUUGCCAAAAUAGAGGAAACUAGUGCAAGAUUAGAUGAGAUCAUAAAGCAGAAAGAUGAACUCCGUUUAGCAGAAUAUACUACGAGGAGGGUGAGCCAUGUGACAGAAAGACCGCCUGCAACCUCUUUGGUUAAUGAAGCGAAGGUUUAUGGUAGGGAGGAAGAUAAGAAGGCGAUGCUGAAAUUGUUGAAUGCUCAGACAAGUGAUGCGGAGGUCUCUGUGAUUCCCAUAGUUGGGAUGGGAGGGCUUGGCAAGACAACCCUAGCUCAGCUAGUCUACAAUGAUCCCACGUUGGAGUUUGAUUUGAAAGCCUGGGUUUCUGUUGGCGAAGAUUUUGAUGUUUCCAGGGUCACAGAAACAUUUCUUCGUCAACUGGGCGAUGGCGGUGAUGAUAAAGAUUUGAAUCUGCUUCAGGUAAAAUUGAAGCAAAAGUUGUCUGGGAAGAAGUUUUUACUUGUCCUAGAUGAUGUCUGGACCCAGAACUAUGAGGAAUGGACUCUGUUUUGGGGUCCUUUUGAAGCAGGGGCUCCUCAAAGCAGAGUUAUCGUCACGACUCGAAUUCAGGAUGUUUCAUUAAUGAUGGGUACGACUCAAGCAUAUGCUCUUAAGAAGCUGUCGCACAAUGAAUGCAUGUCUGUGUUUGCCCAGCAUGCUUUGGGAGCAAAUAAUUUUGACGCGCACUUGGAGCUGAAACAAAUGGGUGACGAGAUUGUCGAAAGAUGUGGAGGAUUACCUUUGGCAGCAAAAGCUCUUGGAGGCAUCUUAAGGGGUAAACCGAAUCCUGAUUUGUGGAAGGAAGUGUUGAGGAAUGAGAUAUGGGAGUUACCAGACGACAAGAGCAAUAUCCUUCCAGCCUUGAGAGUGAGCUAUCUUCAUCUUCCACCUCAUUUGAAGCGAUGUUUCUCUUAUAGCGCAAUACUACCAAAGGAUCGCGAGUUUGAUAGGAAUGAAUUGGUUUUGCUGUGGAUGGCUGAGGGUUUCUUGUAUGACCAGAAGAAAAUGAAAGACAGUGAAGGUUUGGGUCAUAAAUAUUUUGAUGAUUUAUUAUCAAGAUCGUUUUUUCAACAAUCAAAUGAUAAUAAAUCGAAAUAUAUAAUGCAUGACCUAAUUGUUGAUUUAGCUCGCUAUGUUAGUAGGGAAACAUGUUUACAUAUGGUUGAUAAGUUGGAGAGUACAAAAUCAUUUGCAAAGAUUCGACAUUCUUCAUUUAUUCCUCAUUUUAUGAACACUUUUCAAAGAUUUCAAAGCUUCUGUGAAAUGAAGAACUUGCGGACAUUGUUAUCCUGGAGUCGUCGUUAUUUGGUGAGAUGCUACUUAACUAGUAAGGUGGUGCAUGAGUUGGUGCCAAAAUUAAAAUGCUUAAGGUCACUAUCUCUAGCUCGUUAUGAGAUUAAGGAGUUGCCAAAUUCUAUUGGUGACUUGAAGCACUUACGCUACCUUAACCUAUCUGAUACUCCAAUCCAAGGAUUGCCUGAAUCAGUGGAUAAACUCUUCAACUUACAGACAUUAAAGUUGCGUGAUUGUGAUGAGCUUAUUGAGUUACCUAAAGGCAUAUGCAAUUUACUCAACUUGCAGCAUCUUGACAUUAUUGGCACAAGGAAAUUGAAAGAGAUGCCACCACAUAUUGGUAAUUUGACUAGUCUCUGCGUGUUGACCAAAUUUAUCGUGGGGAAAAGCAAUGGUCGGAUCACAGAACUAAAGAAACUUUGUGAUCUUCGAGGGCAGCUUCAUAUUACAAGUUUAGAGAAUGUGGAAGUAGCAGAUAUUCGAGAUGCGGGUUUUGUCAAUUUGAAGGAUAAGCCUGGUAUCACUGAGUUGCACUUGGAAUGGGCUGAAGCUGAUGAACGUUUCGAUGAUUUGAGAAACCCAAGUCAUGAAGAACAAGUUCUCAACUCAAUUCAGCCAUAUCGAAGUCUUUCAAGCCUAUCAAUUACAUCAUUUGGUGGUAGGAAAUUCCCAUCAUGGCUGGGUGAGCCUUCAUUCUCUGGCAUGGUGCAGGUGCAGCUAUGGAAGUGUCGCCAAAUGACAUCGUUGCCACCACUUGGACGAUUAAAGUCAUUAAAAAAGUUGAGCAUAGGAGAUAUGAGUGGAGUGAAAGAAGUGGGUGUUGAGUUUUAUGAGGAUGAUUCAUGUUUUUCUUGUUUGGAAGAACUAGAGAUUAGAAAUAUGGGUGAGUGGGAGCUGUGGGCUUGGUCUAAAGGUCUGGGUGAAGAUUCUGUGCCAAAAUUUCCUAAGCUGCAUCAACUCCAAAUACGAAAUUGUCCCAAGUUGGUUGGAGAACUGCCCAACUUCCUUCCUUCCCUGGAAAAUCUUGUUAUCGAUGAUUGCCCGCUUUUGGUUGAAUUACCAAAAGUUCUCCCAUCACUUACAAGACUUCAUUUUGAAAAAUGUCAAGAGGCAAUUCUCAGGAGUGUGACUAAUGCCACCAUUCUUACUAGUCUAAAGUAUUUGGAAAUCAAGUUAUGUGAUGAGCUUGUGUCGUUGGUAGAUGGAGAGCCAGGGCUUUUGCCUUGCAAUCUUGAAGUUUUGAAUAUAUAUGAGUGUCCAAAUCUGAAGGAGUUGCCAAGUGGACUGAAAGACCUCAAAUCUCUCCAAGAUUUGACUAUAUACGGAUGUACAAGUUUAGUCUCCUUCCCAGCAGGGGGUUUGCCGCACAACUUGAUACAUCUUCGUAUUAUGAGCUGUGAAUCUUUGGAGUCUCUGCCGGAGGGAAUUGUGUGUCCUUGUAAUUACAGUGGCGAGACGUCUCAUCAAGAGAAAUUGUAUAUCUCUGAAUGUGAAUCCCUCAGAUGCUCUUCAAAUGGAAAGUUUCCAUAUUCCCUUAAGACUCUUCGAAUUCCCAACUCGACGCCACAAUUUUUAAACUCGCUAUCCUGUGGGCUUUCUCAUCUUACAGAAUUACACAUAGAGAAGUGUCCUCAAUUAGAGUCGUUUCCAGGGAAGGAAUUGCCUCUCCCUUCUCUUAUCUAUUUAAGAAUCGAUGACUGUGAAGGAUUGAGGUCUCUAUCCAAUCAUAUGCAAGACUUCCAGAGUCUCCAAAAGUUACAAAUAUGGAACUGUCCUCGAUUAGAGUUGUUCCCAGAGAUGGGAUUGCCCAACCCCAAGCUUGUGUCAUUUCAAAUUUUCUGGUGCGAAAAUUUGAGGUCUCUACCCAAUCAGAUGCAAAACCUCACUUCCCUUGAUAUUCGGUGGUGCUUGAAUAUGAAACAGCCAAUGGUAGAGUGGGGACUCCACAGACUCGCCUCUCUUAGAACUUUGUUUCUGAUGGACAUGGCGUCAACUGGAGAUUUUAUUUCCUUUCCAGAUAACGACGGCUUUCUGCUUCCCACUUCUCUUACCUACCUAUACAUUAUUGGAUUCAAGAAUCUAAAAUCCAUAUCCAGCGGUAUCCAAAAGCUCACCUCUCUUGAAAAAUUAUCAAUUGGGAUGUGCCCAAAACUGCAGUCCUUCCCAGCUGAGGGCCUUCCUGCUACACUUGAAUGCCUAGAAAUUCUCAGGUGCCCUCUGCUGCGGGACCGUUGCUUAAAAGAUAAAGGUGACUACUGGCCUAUCAUUUCUGAUAUCCCCUGUGUUCGUAUAGAAGACAUUGUACUCCUUCCCAUUUAAAGAUGACUUUGCAGCACUCCAACAAUCAGGAAAUUUCAGCUUCUUGGGAACAAAAAGGAAUCUAGCUGCUCCCUUUCAGGUACUGAAACUUAUUGAAUUAUGUCAGUCGCAGUGAAAUGGUAGAAACUAAGCUCAACAACUCUGCAGAUUUUGGUGGGAUGCACUGAUGAUGAUCAUGAAAGUUGGAAAAUGUUAAGAUUACUAAUCUGUGUUGGAUCAGGAAAUUUGAGACUCUAAACUCCUUGUGUAAUAGUCUACGUUUUGAUGUUUUUUUCAA